CUCAGUAUGCAGAUUGGUCUUUUCCUUCUUGGCUGUUACUCGGCGGCUAAUCACUCCCAAAUAACAUUUCACGCCUGCUGGGUUACAUCUAUUUCAGAAAUGAUUUGGACAAAUACAUAUCCUUUAAUCCUAUGGUUGACGUAUGUUUCAGGCAAUAAAGUUAAAGAAAAUGUAUUAAAAGCAAUACAACACCUGGAAGACAAUACAUGUCUCCGAUUCCUUCGCUUCGAUGAUGCUCUACCAGACUUGAAAUUUUACUUGAGAAUUGGAAAAGAUUCAGCUGGAGGUUGCUAUGCUAACAUUGGACGAAUGAGAGAAUCUAAACAACCUCAGGUAGUGAGUUUAUCUGGUCCUGGGUGUGAAGACGUGGGCUCUGUGAUACACGAACUGGGUCAUAUCGUAGGUCUUCACCAUGAGCACUCACGGAAAGACCGAAAUAAGUACAUUAAAGUCAAUUUCAAAAACGUUAGGGAGAACGCAAUGCUCAAUUUCAUGAUGAUGGAGGGGGUUGAGACGUUAGCUGAGUAUGAUGUUGGUUCUAUCAUGCAUUAUGGAACUUACGAUUUCAGUCGAAACUCUGAACCAACAAUUGAAGUCAGAGAUCAAGCAUUAUCGUUUUUGGCUGGGAAUCGCCGUGGAUUAAGCUAUUAUGACAUAAAAUCCUUGAGCAAAGCGUACCGAUGCACAGUUCAGUGCCCAUAUCGUUUAUCGUGUGAAAAUGGCGGUUUCCUGCAUUCUCUGAAAGGCAACACUGAUUGCUUCUGUAAAUGCCCAGACGGUUUGGCCGGAAACACGUGCAACCGCAUUGAUCCAAGGGCCAUGUCUGGACCCCACGGCUUCUGUGGAGGAGUAAUCUCCCUAAGUCUGUCUUGGUUUGACAGGGCAUUCAUCCACUCGCCAAGAUUUCCCUUCAAUUACCCACGCAGACAGAAAUGUUUGUGGCUCUUGAAGGGUCCAACAGGCUCGGUGAUAAAACUCAGCUUCAUAUAUUUUGACAUAAAAGCUGAUUCUAACAAGUGUAUCCAUUGGCUGGAAGUGAGAUCCAAUCUGGUUGGUCAGCCUGGCCCCAGGUACUGCGGUAGAUGGAAUGGCGGAAUUAUAGUGUCCAAAGAUCAACACAACAACAUGAUGGUGGUGAAGUUCGAUAGCACUGAACAUGUUGGUUAUGCCACUACGGGAUUUGCUGCCAUUGCAUCGGCGAUCGUAACACCAGACACGUUUUAGCUGCAGCCACUCGAUCACUUCAUCAAAAUACCUGUUAUUAUAUACAUUAAAGGCUGUCAUUACACACCACAUGGGUUGUUUUCUUUAUGCGUAUCCAAGGAAAAUCCUUUACGAACCCUUUGUCGUGACUUCGUUUGAGUGUAUGGUUUUGCCAAACAGAAAUGUCGAUUUUUAAACAAGAUGUUUUAUUUUCGUCGGUGAACUAGCCCGGAUACUGUCAGAUGUGCACGAUGUAUUAAAUCUUUUAUUACGCUUCGUGGAAUGUGCAAACUGAAAAGGAUACCUUGAUUUUUAAUCCAAAGAGAAACUUAAACGAUACACUUUUGCUUUGUUCAAUAAUUGGGAUAAUGUUACGAAAGGGAGCCAUCUAAAUGUCAGCAGAAUGGUGCCGCGUGAGGUAGUUUUGAUUAGUAUGAAAACCACAAAAAUUCGU